AAACCAAAUAAACUAGCUAUGAUUGAAGUUUCACUUUUUGACUGCUUCCAAUUUCCAAAUUGUUCGUCUUCCUGCUAACAUUCAUUUUUCACCUGCACAAUGUCCGCUCCGGAAAACAGCUGUCAGCGCGUGAUCCUUAAAAAUUGGGUCGACGGUCCUUGCCGGAAGUGCUACGUGUCCUCCUGCGGACCGUGCAUCGACUAUAAGGUAUCAACGCCCAGAGGAAGCGCAGUCGAGCCGCAGGCAGAUGUCAUCCAGGCCACCAUCGAGCCGGACGGACCCGUGCGGCAGGAGAUCAACAUCCGGGCGGAGUGCAGCAAGGGUCGUCCGCUCCUGGAGUCCGACAAGGACAAGCUGAGGUGCUGCACCAUGUGCGUGGCCCAGGAGCAGAAUCUUCGGCCCAAUCUCUGCUCUGCGGCGUGCAGGCCCCUUCACACCUAUUUGCACCUCAAUGAGUGGACCAAGCGACCCUUGCCAAAACCCACCUACAAGCAUUCGGUUAUCCUGGACAAUAACACCAUGGUGGGUCGGUGCUUUCCGGUCAAAUUCCAGCUUAAGCGCAUGAAGAACAAGUGCCUGGAUUGCGGCAAGGAUCUCUACUUCCGGUAUCCCAUCACGAACAAUAGUGACCUGCUGCUUAUCAAGAACUGUUGCGAUGUGGAGGUGUACCCCGCACUGAAGGUUGAGAAUAUGAACAAUGUGAGGGUGACCAAGAUAUCUGGAGUGAAGAAGUUUGCCAACAGUCUGCUGAAGGAGCGGUCCGAAUGCCGAUUGUUCAGUCUUCCCAUCGAACAAAUUCCACCUUUGGAUGUGACCAGCAGGAUCAGUACCAGAAAGAGUACCAGAAAGAGCCGGAAGAGUAGGAAGAGCAGGAAGAGUGGCAGGGCCAGCAGGAAAAGCACUAGGGCCAGUAGGAAAAGCAGAAAGAGCAGCAAGAAUUGAAAUGAAAUAUCAACAUCCCGGAUUAACAAAAAAUUUAAAUAAGAAUUAAGAACCUAGUUUGACAAUAGAGUUGACGUUAUAAUUAUAAAUAAAACAAAAAUUUAAAUACA